AUCAUGGCCGAAGCUACGGAAGCACCCACCGCGCCCGCCGCGCAGGAGCAGAACGUCAAUCCCUGGAGCGUCUCCGGCGAGGUCGACAAGGAUGGCAAGGUCAAGCCGAUCAACUACGACAAGCUGGUCGACCAGUUUGGCACCAAGCUCAUUGACGAGGCCCUGCUCGAGCGCUUCGAGCGAGUCACGGGCCACAAGCCGCAUCGUUUUCUGCGCCGCAAGAUUGUCUUCUCCCACCGCGACCUUGAGGUCAUCCUCGACAAGUACGAGAAGAAGGAGCCCUUUUUCAUCUACACCGGCCGGGGGCCGAGCAGCACGGUCAUGCACAUUGGUCAUAUGGUUCCCUUUGAAUUGACAAAGUGGCUGUCGGACGUCUUUGAGGUGCCCCUUGUUGUCAUGCUGACGGAUGACGAGAAAUACCUCAUCGCAAAGAGCGACCGCGAGAUCGACGAAUUCGAGCACUUCGGCCGGGAGAACGCCAAGGAUAUCAUCGCCUGCGGUUUCGAUCCGGAGAGAACGUUCAUCUUUUCAGAUUAUGGAUAUAUGGGUGGAGAGUUUUACAAGAACGUCACGCGCAUAGCGAAGCGCAUCAAUAGAUCAACAGCGGACGCCUGUUUUGGUUUCGAUACCAGCACAAAUAUUGGAAAGAUCCAUUUUGCAGCCAUCCAAGCGGCUCCUUCAUUUGCAAGCUCAUUCCCCGAAGUGUUUGGUUCUGACCGGACACGAACCAGCAACAUCCCUUGUCUUAUUCCCUGCGCUAUCGACCAAGACCCCUACUUCCGACUUACUCGCGAUGUUGCCAGUCAAUUACGAUAUGCGAAACCGUCGCUCAUCCACGCCCGAUUCCUCGAUGCCUUGCAAGGUCCCGGGUCGAAGAUGUCCGCCUCAAUUGAGGCCAGUGCUAUUCUUGUCGGAGAUACGCCCAAACAGAUCCUGAAGAAGAUCAACCUGUAUGCCUUCAGCGGAGGGCAGCCAACACUGGAGGAACACCGGGAAAAAGGUGGCGAUCCGGAAGUCGACGUUCCCUUCCAAUACCUCAAGUUUUUCCUCGAGGAUGACGAGGAGCUGGAGCAGAUCCGUCAGGAUUACCGCUCUGGGAAAAUGCUGACCGGCGAAAUCAAGAAGAGAUGCGCCGACGAAGUCACCAAAUUCUGCCUCGCCUUCCAAGAACGACGGGCCAAGGUCACAGAUGAAGUGCUAGACCGCUACAUGGUGCCCCGUCCGCUGAUCUGCCGAGGCAUCUCAUCAGAUACCCUGGGAGCCAAGACGGCCGAGACCAAGGUCACAGGCGAUGUCAAGGACCCCAACUCGAAGAACCAGGCCAAGAAGAUGGAGAAACUGCGGCUUGCACAGGAGAAGAAGGCUCAGAAGGCCCGCGAGAAGGAGCUGGCCAAGGCUGCCGCCGCGGCUGCCGGCAGCGGGGAGCCGGAGACCGUCGCUCUGCGGACGGUUGCCACCAGUGAGACUGGACCGAAUUAGCGAAUUAGCAUAUCCAUGCCGAGGGCUACAUACUCUAUAUGAUACCGAUUCAAUGAUGUCUCUGGUAUACC